AUGAGUAAAAAGUCUCGAAAGUUCAAGAGGGCUGCUGCUGUAGCUGCUGAGCGGAAAUCGGCUUUAGGGUUGAAAAAGAAGGAAGGAAAAGUUAAAAAAGAAGCCCUAUUGAAAGCCCUCUCUGAGAAAUCUGUUUCUACAAUCACGUCACCGAUAAACGCUCCUGGGGGAAGGAAAAAGAGGCGCCAUAAGAAGAAGGCUGCUAAUUCAAAAUCUGGAUGUGAACAUAUGGCUAUAGGUCAUGAUGUCAAUGAGACCCACAGCAGGAAGCAAACAAAGGACAACAGCGCUGCAAUGGGAGCGACUGGAAAAAGGAAGAAAAAGAGAAAACGAAGUGGGAAAGGGAGGGCUCCUUCGGAACCACCCUCCGAAGAUAAGAGGCCCAGUGAAUCGGUUAUUCCUGUUCCAAAAUCAAAUGGAAUUAUCGAAGCAUCCGGAAAGCUCCGAAAACGUCGAAAGCGCAGGGCGUCGUUAGAGGUAGCAAAUGCGCCGGAGCUUUUGAUGUCUGUGAACCCCUCAAAGAAGGUCAGAUUGGAAGAGGCCUUGAGCGAAAGCGAACCGGAACUGAUUAAUGCUGAUUGGGGAUUGGCCGAUGACUCGAGUGAAAAGGGAAGCGGCAACAGCAAAGCUGAUUUGGAUACCUCUGAGGAUGACGUUGAUGAAGAGCCGCCCCAUUCGGACGGGGAUACUGAUGGCAGUGAUAUUAACGAAAAAUUGAAAGAUUCACAAUGUGUUGAUUCCUCUAAGAACUCAGACGUCGGCAACCCGGGCAAGGAAGAAUCUGGAGGUAACCAACAGGAUGUUGAAAUACAGGCUUGUAGGCCAGUCAAAAAAAAAUUCUCCCUGUUGGACAGGGCUGCCAUCCUUAAGGAAAUGCAAGAUCGCAUUGCUGACAGUGCUUUCAUCACCCACAUAUUUGGUUAUGUUAAUUUCAACCAGCUCGCCUAUCGAAGUUAUGACCAUCCGGAUCUUGUGUACGAGUAA